AUGUCUCUUAUUUUCAUCUCACGUCUCUCUUUCCUCCCCUUAAUUAUUUCAUAUUUCUUCAUCAUUGUUGUUCAAUCCCAGCAAAAACAAUUUGCACCGUCUAGGCCCAAAUCUCAACAAUUUAAUCCCCCUCAACAACAAGCACAAAAAUUUAUGAGUGCUCCACAAUGUAGAUGUAAGGAUUUGGAUGAAUGCGCGGCGGAAAUUCAAAAAUUGGUGGAGAAAUGUAAAACGGAACCAAAAUGUGAGGCACAUUUAAAGAAGAUUGGCAAUGUCCAAAAAAUCCGUCAAUGCCUGGCUGAUGAACAAAAACAAAUGGAAAAGCUGGAACAAUGUGUAGAGAAGAAAGUUGGGGGACCAAUUGGAUGUACUAAUGAUUUACAUCCAAAAAAUCUAACUGUUCCAAUAAUUCCUGAAAUGGAAAUGAUGGAUAACAGGAGGAGGAAACGAAGCUUGUUGCUUCUCUCUGAAAAUUCUGUGAAGUUUUCUGGUUGUUCUCCGAGUUUGCCUGAAUUGAGGAAAAAACGAGGGACAUUGCCUCCGUUGCCGGCUACUCAAGAAGCUGGACAUGCUCCCCCAGAACUUAGUGACUACUUAAUGUGUGUGGAUCAAUGUGCCGUUAAAGCUGCCUCCCCAAACUCGGCACCGAAACUGUGUGCAACUCGGGAGGGGAAUAUGAAUUGUGCUUUUAAAUUGAAGUGUGCAUUAGCCCCUCCCGAUGACCGCCAACAAAAAGCUUUCGACGACUGCGAGCAGCAAAUGCAAUUUACACCCCCUAAAAGGUUGAAAAAAUCUUGUGAGUGUCUAAAAGCGGCUGGCGUGAAAAUUGUCUGUCCAAAAUGA